UCCUGCCGCCUCUACAUUGGCAGCAUUACUCGCGAGAUCAACGAGACGAAUCUAGCGCGAUUCCUUAACACUUUAGUAAUGGGCAUAGAUGGAGACAGACAGACACGCACCAGCGAUGAUCCUGUCCUCGCUGUACAGUGUAAUUACGAAGAAGGGUAUGCUAUUGUAGAUUUCUGUAGUGCAGAGGAUGCAACAGCAGCCAUGGCAUUUGAUGGAAUUACAUUCCUCAACGGGCCUUUGAGGAUCCGACGACUGAUGGACUAUGGAGGCGUGGAUUCACCUGCUCCUUCCAACGUUCACGUCCCUGGUGUCGUUUCCACAAAUGUUGCAGACCAUGCCAAUAAAGUGCCCAUUAGAGAUCUGCCAAUGUAUCUAAAUGAGUGGAAUAUUACGCACCAUGGGUCUGAGACAUCCACUGAUCCAUACGAGCAAUUCCCCGAGAUUCCAAAGCCUAUCCUUCCUGCCGGCAAUCUGUCUAACUCGAACGCACGCACCUUACUAAUGCUUGAUAUUGGGCUGGCAGACGACUCAGUGGACGACCAGGAAUACGAAGAUAUUCGAAAGGAGUGUACCAACCUUGGCGCGGUGGAGGAUCUGCGUAUUCCACAACCUGUGGAGAAAGGCGUCCGAUGUGUAUACGUGAAGUUCUACGAUCCACAAACGGCUACAGCUGCCUUGAAGAGUUUUGCAGGGCAAUCAUUUGCUGGUCAUUCCAUUAUCGCUACACUCUUG